ACUACACCACCACCACUCCAUUAUACGCCCAUGAUGCCUUUAAGUGCUGUCUGGAUAGGGAGCUCACUGGGUUUUUUUUAGACGCAGCCUAUAUUUGGGUGCCAUCACAUGGUUCUGAAUACAUUAAUUUCUUAAUUUCAGAGGGAUAUAUAGAGUGAUUACCCUUAUGGAAAAACAUGGUAUUCCAUGGAACAUGAGCAAAAAAACAAAAACAUUUUUUUAUAGAAAUUAACUUUUUUAUUGAGUAGCAAUAUUUGUCCCCUGGAAUCAGUUUUCAGGGGCAUUUUUUACCUUUAUGAGGGAGUAUUUUUUUUCUAACCACAUUAAACACACUGUGUGUCAUCCUUUAAAGGUGCUGCAAGCACAUUUUUUUUCAUGGAAAUGUAUGCAAAAAAUGUUUCUACUCCCUGAAAGAUAUUAAUAAAAUAAGUGUCAUGAGAUAUCUCUGUGACAGCGCUAGACUCUGCAAUCAGCAACAAAAAAGUGUCCGCGAGCCGUGGACAAUGACGCUUUCUGUCUGUCAAUCAUUUUUCGCUUUCUCAUAGUACUGUAGUUGCAGGGAAUUUUUUAGGCUUAAUGCCAUUUUUAUGUCAUGUUUUUCAUACCAGUUGUCAGUUGAGGGCGCUAUUUUGCUGCUGUUGUGUUUGACAACCGUGGGAUGAUGGUCUUCUGUGGUGUCAGUCUCUAUGGUAUCUUUGAAAUGCGGGGUUUUGGGAAAAGGGGGCGUGGCUAAUUCAACGGCUCAGCUCAUGGAAAUUCCAGAAUGGCAAAAUCGCUUACAGCACCAUAAAAUAUUAUUCCUACUCAUACCAUUAUUCAUAUUAUGACAAGCUAGUUAUUGAUAGAGAAUUUAAGUUAAUUGAUUGAUUACAUUUAAGUACACUGCCUGGCCAAAAAACAAGUUACCAUUUGGAUUUAAAUAAGCAGAUACUUAAGAGCCUAUGAUUGGAUCAUUAUUGCAGUGAUUAAUAUGUUUCAGCUGGCAACAAUUAUUUUAACCCUAACUGAUACAGUGUGUAGCUUCUCAUUUCUUAAACGACCUUGUCGGAAGAUGUCGGAAAAGGUCAUGUGGUCUGAUGAGUCCAGAUUUACCCUAUUCCAAAGUGAUGGGCGCAUAAGGGUAAGAAGGGAAGCGCAUGAAGCGAUGCACCCAUUAUGCAUAGUGCUCACUGUGUUAUGAUCUGGGGUUGCUUCAUUUGGUCAGGUCGAGGCUCAGCGACGUUAUGCAGCAAUAAAAUUAAGUCAGUUGACUAACUGAAUGUACUGAAUGACCAGGUUAUCCCAUCAAUGGAUUUUUUCUUCCCUGACAGCAUGGGCAUAUUCCAGAACGACAAUGCCAAGAUUCAUUGGGCUCAAAUUGUGAGAGUGUGGUUCAGGGAGCAUGAGGAAUUACUUUCACACAUGAAAUGGCUACCACAGAGUCCUGACCUUAACCCCAUUGAAAGUCUUUGGGAUGUGCUGGAGAAGACUUUACGGAGUGGUUCGACUCUCCCGUCAUCAAUACAAUAUCUCAGCCAAAAAUGAAUGCAACUCUGUAUGGAAAUAAAUGUUGUGACGUUGCAUAAGGUUGUUGAAACAUGACGAAUGCACGCCAUAAUCAAAGCUAAAGGUGGUCCAAUGAAAUAUUAGAGUCUAAUCUGACGUGUGCAGAAAAGCAAGAGGUGGACGAUGUUCGAGUCUGUGCCAGAAAAGUUUUGAAAGAUUUAGCUCCUCCCCUCCCAUCUCUAAAGACCCCAACUCUAUUAAAACGUUUAAGUCACACACUCAUUACACAAUAAUGCAGAUGGAUCCCGUAUUAGUCGAAUCCGCAGUGGUUUUCGGAAUAGUGAUUUCCGUCCAUGUGGCCAUUUGGAAUCAGUUGUCCUGGUGCUGUAUCGCGCUGGCCGUCCAGGCUUUCUACGUGCAGCACAAAUGGGACCGCCUCCUUCGGACCGGGGCCGCCGUAUUCCAGUUCCGUCCCGCGGCAAACAGCGGCGUCUUACCGGCCAGCAUGGUGCUGCCUCUACUGGGUCUCGCCUUGAGGGGGCGCUGCGUCGCUGUUGGAAACAUCUACUUUGAACGCUUCGCCAUGGUGAUAACGGUAAUCGGUAUGAUGUUGGCUAUGUUCCUAUCACUUAUAGCUCUGGGCAUCACGCGCCCGGUACCCACGAACACCUGCGUCAUAGCCGGCAUCGUGGGCAGCGCCAUCCUGUACACGGUGAAGCAAACCCUGACCGUGUCGGAGGUGAUUGAAGUCUUGGAGGUGUUGUUGAUAUUCGUGUACCUCAGUUUGAUCCUGUUGUACCUGCUUCCACGCUGCUUCACGCCUGGCGAAGCGCUCCUCAUCCUGGGUGGGAUUAGUUUAAUUUUUAACCAGCUAAUCAAGCGAUCUUUAGCAUCGGCUGGGAAUGCAAAUGGCGACCCGCUUCCGUUCUUCCUCCCGGUUGCAGUGUUGGGCUUUGUGCUGCUGGGAAUCUUCUUCGCUGUGCUUUUCAUAUUCAUGGAAUCGGAAACAUGGGCAGCUUCUCUGUUCUUCCACACCAUGACGGCCGUUUUAGGGUUGGGUUUAUUGGUGCCCUGGUUGUCCCUGCUCACCCAGCAUCACCCCGUUACCUGGUUGCUACAUUUCCUCACCCAGAGCAACACCCGACUCUGGCUUAUUGCAUUCUGGGCUGCCCUGGUGCUGUUGGCAGUUGCUGUAGUUAUGCAUCAAAACAGCCAUCGCUCAAGCGGAAGUAAGAAACACCAGGCGUCAACGACAGUGCGGAAAUAUUUCCACCUCCUCACCGUGUUGACCUUCGCCCCUGGACUGGCUCUCGACCGUCCCCUGCUUCAUCUAGCUGCGGUCGGAUGCCUCUCAGCAUUCCUGUUCUUGGAAUUCGUUCGCUAUUUCCGAAUCCGACCUCUCGGCCCUUUGCUUCGACGGCUUCUCACCUUAUUCCUGGAUGAGAGAGACUCCGGACCCCUUAUCCUCACUCACAUCUACCUGCUCCUGGGCGUCGCCCUUCCUGUCUGGCUCUCACCCGGGCCCUGCAUCCCUAAAGGAGGGUUAGGGGGCGCCGGUGGGCUUGUACCCUACGCAGGGGUGCUGGCCGUUGGGGUCGGCGACACUGUUGCAUCUGUCUUUGGAAGCACGGUUGGCGAGAUCCGCUGGCCCGGAACCAAGAAGACGUUCGAGGGUACGGCAAGCUCUGUGUUUGCUCAGAUCAUCGCUGUGGUGAUUUUCCUCAUCGCUGACAGCAGUAUAAACCUGAAUGCCAGUUAUUCAUGGGUGGUGGGUUCCAUCACGAUGGUCGCAAUGCUGGAAGCAUACACAUCACAGAUAGACAACCUACUGCUUCCUCUGUACCUCUAUAUACUCCUGUUAUUAUGAGAUCAGACAACACUUGCUCAUUUAUUUAAACACUCUUAUUAUGCCAAUGCACAGGUAUUAACUGCAUUAAAGGGAUGUUCCGGGUUCAAAACAAGUUAAGUUCAAUCAACAGCAUCCAUAAUUUUAAUUACCCCCCCCCCCAAAAAAAAUACAAAUAAAUUGUCUCCCCCCUAAUUUAAAAAAAAAAAAAAAAUAGGAUUACAGGGUUUCGUUGUGAUGACAACAAAACUGAAAUAUGACUACGGAUUUGUAAUAAACUAACUUUACACAGAAAAGGUUAGUUAGUGAUUUUAUCCCACUAAAAUCAUGUUAACACGUUUAGUGUUUACAUAUUGUGGCUAUACUUUUGUGAGUUUUUUUACGUUUAUGGAUUGGCCCAAUUAACUUCCAUUGUAAGUGCCUCACUGCAACCCAGAUAUUAUAUAUAUAUAUAUAUAUAUAUAUAUAAAACCUGAAAUAUAUAUAAGUUAAGCUCAAUCAACAGCAUUUGUGGCAUAAUGUUGAUUACCACAAAAAUGUAUUUCGUUACCCUCCUUUUCUUUAAAAAUAGGCAAAAAUCUGGGUUACAGUGAGGCACUUAAAUGGAAGUCAAUGGGGCCAAUCCGUAAACUUUAAAAUACUAUUUCAGAAGUAUAACCACAAGAUGUUAGGCAGAAUGUCCAAGCUGCUCGUCUCCAUUCACUGCAAGUGGAUGGUGAUUUAUACUGGCAGACUCUUAAUUUGAAUGGAAAAGAGCUUAAAUAGAAAGCAAUAUGGGUAUAGAAUGACACUGAGUAAAUGAUUACAUCAUUUUUAUUUUACUAAAUUCUUUUUAAUAUAUUACAUAACAAUAUCCCAUGCUUGCUCAAAAGAUAUGUUACAGCCCUGUUCAAAACAUACCUUGUAUUGUCUUACAGGGAAUUAAUACAUAUGGAAUGCAAAAUGCAAUAAUACAAUGUGAUGUAUGACAAUGAAAUGUCCUAUAGUACUGUAGUUAAAUGAAUGAGAAAAAUAGAUACUUAAAUCAAAAUACUGUCCAAAUUUGAAAUGGCAGAAAAGUUGGAAAUGCUAAAGGAUUAAUAAUUUCUUUCUGUAUUUUUAAAGGUUUACAUUGUUUAUGCUGGUUGUCCAUAAAAUGAACAUGUUUCUGAGCGUUUAAGCUCUGAUAUCUUGAGACACUGUUAAUAUUUCAUUCUCUUAAAUCCUGCGGCUGUCACUCCAGUAUGCAUGACAGGGGUUGAGUUGCACAUAGAAAUGGAUUAUAUAAUCUAUGUGGCCCAUUGAGACAUAGCAUUUUGUUUUUUGGGGGUUAAAAAGGAAACUGACAUAUUCAUGACAGAUUUCAUGAGAUUCACCAAUUAAAUCAAAAUAUGUCAUUUAUCUUUUCUGUCCUUUAUUAAAGCAUAUAUGCAUCAAUUGAGCCAUUGAAGAACAUGACCUUUGUUUUUUUGCUCUAUGGAACCUUGGGCGAAAAACUCAAAUAUUAUUUUGAUGCUAUGAAUAGGAUAUCUGCCUUUACAAUGCAACACUAUGGAAGCCCUGAACCGCACUGUGAAUAAAAAUUCCGUUAGGUGAAAAAACAUGUUUUUAGGUGUCUUAGUGCCUAUGUCCUACAUUUUUUUUUCUCUCUCUAAAUGUAUAUAUUUUUUUCCUCUCUUAAUUUUUUUUCUCCCUAUCUGAUUUUGUUUUCUCUCUCAAAAAAAAAAAAAAAAAAAAUAUUCUGAGGAAAAAAAAUAAUUUUCAGAAAGAAAAAAAUUCUAUCAGAGAGAGAGAAAAAAAUUUUGGAGAGAAAAUAAAAUUCUGAGAAGUAAAUACAAUUUUCAGAGAGGAAAAAAAAACCUUUCGGAGAGAAAAAAGUAAUAGGCUCAGGAAGGCCCUAAGACACCUAAAAAAAUUAAAUUCACCUAGUGAAAUUUUUCCCCCACUGUAGUUCAUGGCUUCCAUAAAAUACAAAGGACUGGUAGCAUAGCUUUUUGCCUUAAAAAGUAUUUUGAAUUCAGAAGUAAAUGCUAUCAGUGGUUAUAGUCUACAUGGUCUGUGUAGGAGCUCCUCAAGAACACAGGGGCAGUAGAUAUUUAUGUACAUGUCACUCAAUCCUGUAAAAGCAGCAUGUAUGCAAUUAAGCAAAAACGCUUUUUUUCUCGCUUUUACACUGCUAAAAUUGCUUGAGUUCAAACAUUUGUUCUAAUACAUGAUGUAUGUUUAAUCUGUAAUUUAUUUAUGAUAUUUGACUGAGGCCUUGUCACAGCUUUUACAUUUCUAUUGUGAUUCUAAAGACAUUUGCAUGACACUUGAUUGUAAUUGUUUUAAUGUAAUGUUUUUGGUUUUGAACGACUUGUUUAUUGUAAUGUGUUCCUUCAUGGUCCUUAUUUAGACGUUAGAAUAUGAUAAAGAUUGUUGUUGUUGUAAAUGAAAAUGUCAUGGUUUGUAUAAUUACAGAAAAAAAUUAUAAAUAACUGCUUUUACUUUGCAUCAAGACACCAGUUGAUAAUCGAUCACAUCUGUGAUCUUUAACAAGAAAAUAUCCCAGCAUACACCUUGUUACAAUACUGUACAAAUUCAAUAUAAAUAUAAUAAUAAAAAAACAAAGGAUGGAUAUCUAUUGCAUGUAUUAAAAAAAAAAAAAGUAUUUUAUUGCAGUUGUUUGACUUUUUCUAUGUUGAAUAUGUUUUGAUAACUUUGAAGGUUGUUUUAAAUCAUUUGCUGGAAGUAAAGUUUUUCAAGAAUUGCUGUAAAUAUUAUUUUUCAGAUUUAGCUGUCACUGAUUGGUUAAUGUAUGAACUGUGGUUUGAAUAACGGUCCUUUUUUCUUUAUCCGGAAACACAGAUGUUAAAUCUUUUUAUCAAACAAGCUCUACCUUUUCUAUAUUGUAUGAUUCACAUUGGGUACAUAAAGAAUUCCUGAUGAGUUAAACAAAAUAAACUGUAUUUCUACUAAAUGUUUCUCAUUUAUUAGAACUGUUUCAGUGAAAUCAACUAAUUUAGAAAACUGUUUAUUCAUUAUUUAAUCACGCUAAUAUGCUAAAACUUAAAAACAACACUAACUCGGGGGGCUUGGGUAUCUCAGCGAGUAAAGACGCUGACUACCACACCUGGAGUCACUAGUUCGAAUCCAGGUCUCCUAAGCAACCAAAUUGGCCCGGUUGCUAGGGUGGGUAGAGUCACGUUGGCUAACCUCCACGUGGUCACUAUAAUGUGGUUCGCUCUUAGUGGGGUGCGUUGUGAGUUGUGCGUGGAUGCCACGGAGAAUAGCAUGAAGCCUCCACAUGCACUGUGUGAUAAGAUGCGCAGAUUGACGGUCUCAGACGCAACUGAGAUUCGUCCUCCGCCACCCGGAUUGAGCCGAGUCAAUACGCCACCACGAGGACUUAGAGCGCAUUGGGAAUUGGGCAUUCCAGAUUGAGGAG